AUGGGCAAGAGCCGCUUCUCCGAGAUCGUCUCCAACGUGAUCCGUGUACACCAAGCUCCUCGUCUCCAACGACGCCGCUCUUGCCGUGCAUCUACCACCUUCACAUCGCCUCAUCCUCUCCAACACGGCGUCCGCUCGGACGUCCACACCAUGGCUGCUAGCGCUGCAGUAUCCCCGGUCGACGAUCCGAUAAGAAGCAGCACUCCUUUCGCCGACCCAUUCUGCGACCCAUUCUGGCAACCUGAUUCACUGUCUCGGCGCAACUCUGCUCUUGUCAACUCAGCUCUGGCAUCGCCGGCAAUUGGACAAGCUCUAGCUCAGGCGCUUGCUUCGCCUGUCUGUGACAACGCACAUCGAUUUACAAGGGGUGACCCAUUCCUCUUACGCUCUGAUGUCGAUCCGCAUUCGCAUCCAACAUUGAUUCCAGCCUCCUCGACACUCUCGCACCUGCAAGUCUUGCAUUCGAGUCCCGAACAGCUAGCCAAGCCAAGCUCUGCUGUCCCGCUACGCUGGAGCGCAAUGUCGCCCUUCCAAGCCACUUCCGCCAGUGCCACGCCCGCUUCAUCAUCUCAAUCCAUCACAGCCUCUCCAUCCCGAUUCGACGGUGGCUACAAUUCUUCAUCGGCACGUCCCACUCGUCCAGACAGACCGACUUUGACACGGCUUAACACCUCCGAAAUGUUGCGCACGCAGACAGAAACAGCUCUCGACCCUGCGCCAUCAUCACAGCCCAUUAUCGGGCCAUCACCACAGCCCAUCAUCGGGCCAUCAUCACAGUCCAUCAUCACCACUCGCAAGUCGCCCACCGGCUUGAAGCUUCAGCUGGACACCUCGGUGCCACGUAGAUCGGCUACCUUGAGUAGCUAUCCGCAUCCCUCGAAAUCAAAACAGAAGAACUUCCUGCAUCUGCCCAUGCCUAUGCUUACACCUCCGACUCCCAUGGAACGUCUCAAGCCUCGAUCCCACGACAAGGCCGUUUCAGAGAACACGGCAUCAUCAUCUACUGCGGCUGUCGCAGCUGAUUCAGGCUCGCGACAGUCAGAUGCCCACCUUGGCCGAAGUGACUUCAACUUGGAGGAGUUCACGUUUGAGGUCUCGACCAUUCUUCCCGACUUUCUUUAUCUCGGUCCCAACGUCCAAAGCGAGCAGAACGUCGCCGAGUUGCAGCACAAGGGCAUACGUCGCAUUCUCAACGUGGCUUGCGAGAUCGACGAACGCGGCCCUCUCAACCUGCGAGACAAGUUUGACAAGUACCUCAAGAUUCCUAUGCUUGACAGUGUCGAAGCAAAAGGCGUGCAGGACAGCAUUCAAGAGGCAUGUUCUUUCCUCGAUGACGCGCGCUUGCGGUCUGAGCCAGUGUACGUGCACUGCAAAGCAGGCAAGUCGCGCUCUGUCACCAUUGUCAUCGCCUACCUCAUCCAUGCACUCGGCUGGUCCUUGCAACGAUCCUACUCGCACGUCAUGGAGAAGCGAGCUGCCAUCUGUCCCAACAUCGGCUUUGUUGCCGAACUGAUGAAGUACGAGGAGAAGGAGCACAAGUUGACCCGAUCAUCGGGCAUCUAUGGCGAAGCUCCAGCAGGCACCAAUCUGCCCACCUCAAAAUCUUCAACGCAUCUGCUUUCAGCUUGGAGUGACGACAAGGCAGAUAAGCAAGCAAGGCCGAACGAGUCGGCGCCAGCUCUGCCUAUCUCCACGCUCAAAACGCAGCAACUGCGAGCAUCACAGGACCAUCGCCCAAGUGACUACUCGUAUGCCUUUAGUAGCUCCCAGUCACAGUCGUCACCUGACUUGCCUUCGUUGGCCUUCAGCAGUAGAUGA